AUGUUAAUUAUCUUUAUUUCUAAUAACCAUGUGUGGUCACUUGUGACAGAAGUAGGAGACUACGGCUCCGUCCCUGGCCAGAUCUCCGUACUCUCCUCCCCCACCAACAUCCCCGACCCUGCCGCUGUUCACCAGCAUCGUCCCGAGGACCUACACAUUAAAUCGCUGAUGCACACGGAGCUACCAGCGCGCGCAGUGUCGCGGGAAGCGUCGCUGACGCAGAAGCUGGAGACGGCGCUGGGGUCUGUGUCGCCGCUGCUCAGGGAGAUCAUGGUCGACUUCGCGCCCUUCCUCUCCAAGACUCUUGUCGGCUCUCAUGGCCAGGAGCUGCUGCUUGAGGGCCUGACAACGUUCAAGCAGAGCCAGAGCGUCGUGGAGCUCGUGAUGUUGCUGUGCUCGCAGGAGUGGCAGAACUCACUGCAGAAACACGCCGGGCUCGCCUUCAUUGAGCUCAUCAACGAGGGAAGGUUAUUGUCACACGCAAUGAAGGACCACAUCGUGCGGGUUGCCAACGAGGCUGAGUUCAUCCUGAACAGGAUGAGGGCAGACGACGUUCUCAAGCACGCCGAGUUCGAGAGCGUUAAAGUAGGAGACUACGGCUCCGUCCCUGGCCAGAUCUCCGUACUCUCCUCCCCCACCAACAUCCCCGACCCUGCCGCUGUUCACCAGCAUCGUCCCGAGGACCUACACAUUAAA